UAGUUUUCUCUGUUACGGUUCGGAGUGUGGGUAUCAGCGCAGUGUCGUAAAAACAAAACGGUCCUUUCCUCGACGGAGCAACGAAUCUGCUGAUCCAGUAGAGCAAGCAACUCGUGUGUCGUGUACCAGCUCAGCAUCUCCCUGUUCUCUUUUUGAUGCAUCGUCGAAAUCUGAGAUCCUUCUGCGUUCCUUCAUUGCGCCGUUAGCUUGUUUCUUUUGUAUUGCGCUUAUAUAUAAAAACGGGUUUUGUUUAAAUCGAAUUGGGUUUUCGUAUGUUGGUGAAGAAGAGCAUAAAAAAUAUCCUACCUACAUCGUUUAUUUACGUUCAAGUUACUACGUCAGCCGCAAGGAAAGCGCAAUGACUCCUCUGUAGUUCCAGUUUGUUGAACAAAUAUUGUCAUUAUUUAGUGUUGUAGGUAAAAUACCUAUAUAAUUUUGUGUUAAUUGGCAAAUUUGUGCUUAAAGUGCGUGAAAAGUUGUCUGGAAAAGCGUGCUAAUCUAGUGACCCGAAGUGAUUCAAAAUCACUUUUUUCAUGAGCUGACGGAAGAUCGAUGGUUCCCUUUCUGGUGAAGAAAAGAAAGUGAAAAAGUCGCAGAAAUGGCCAGUAGCAACAACAACAACAACAAUACGGCACCGGACACCCAAUCGGCCACCCAGACCCAACAUACCGUCGGAUGGAGUCAGAUUGAAAGCCAACCGGUGGAGAACAUCAUCUGGGGCCGGCUGUACGCGAAGAAUCUCAAAAUUAAAAGCCUCGGUACUAAAAACGCACUUCCACUCAUUCCCAGAAUUGCAUCCUCCAGUUAUGAUCUUUCCGCCGACGAGUUCAAGGCUGGCAGGAAUGAGACGAAUGAUUUGUGUAUCAGCAAGGAUCACUUGCCGGAUAAGAUUUUGAGCAGAAUCUCCAAAGUUCAUUUUCAAAUUCAAAAGGAUACGGAGGAUUUGCAGAGUCCCACCUACAUAGUGGACAAAUCUCGUAACGGUACAUUCGUCAACGGGCACCUGAUUGGAAUUGAGAAGAAAAUGAUCCUGAAGGAUGACGACGUAAUAGCCCUGUCGCACCCGACCUACAAGGCACUGGUAUACAAAGAUAUGACCCCCAGUGAAGCCAAAGGCCUUCCGAAGGAAAUCCGAAGCACGUACUACUUUGGCAAGAAGCUCGGUUCCGGUGCUUGUGGUGUGGUACACCUGGUGUAUGACACCAAAACGUGUACACCGUACGCCAUGAAGCAUGUGGUCAAAAAUCUCCUAGCGGAGUGCAGCAAGCCAAAGAUUCUCAACGAUCCCCAGCGGGUGAUGAACGAGGUCAACAUCAUGAAGAACCUUGAACAUCCUUGUGUCAUAAAAAUGCACGACAUCGUGAACAAGGCGGAUUCCGUGUUCAUGGUGCUCGAGUUUAUGAAGGGUGGGGAUCUGCUCAAUCGGAUCAUCCAGAAUAAGUACCUGCCGGAGAGAACGUGUAAGCUGUUCUUCCUACAGAUAUGCCACGCCGUUAAAUAUCUGCACGCCAAAGACAUCACCCACCGAGACCUGAAACCAGACAAUAUCCUGCUGGAAAAUGACGACGAAGAAACCCUGCUGAAGGUUUCCGACUUUGGUUUGAGCAAGUUCGUCCAGAAAGACUCCGUCAUGCGAACGCUGUGCGGAACUCCGCUCUACGUGGCCCCAGAGGUGCUCUUGACCGGUGGGCGUGGUUCCUACACACGCAAGGUAGACAUCUGGAGCUUGGGAGUGGUGCUAUUCACGAUGCUAAGUGGAACACUGCCCUUCUCGGACGAAUACGGAAGUCCGGCCACCGAGCAGAUCAAGCGUGGCAGAUUUUCGUUCCGACAUCGCUCGUGGAAGUCGGUUUCGGCCCCGGCAAAAAAGCUUAUCUUCGAAAUAUUGACCGUCGAUCCGAACACCCGACCGGCGAUCGAUGACAUUCUCAAUAGCACCUGGUUGCGCGAUGCAGAAGUCAUUCGCAAAGCGGAGAAGCUGAUGAAUGUACGGCUGUCCGGUACCAAGAAGCCAUCCACUUCCGAUAUUGAGAACAACAACGAGAAGAUCUUUAUCGAACCUCCUAAGAAGCGGCAGCGUACCAAGUGACUAGGUUCCGGUGGAAGGGAUUCAUCGGUCGAUGGAGGAGGAGGCCCGGUUCGUGUGCAGUUUAGAAAAGUAGUGAAGCUGGAACUGAGCUUUCGUUAGGUGGCGAACCGGGCGUGGUAAACAUAAACGGAGAGAAAAUCAGUAAGUAAUUAGUGAGAGCGAAAAAACGAUAAGGAGCCACUUUGAGCGAUUGUGAUCCUUGUAUUUUUUUCUCAAUUGAUAUUGCAAUGGAGCUGAUAAUGUAGUUUUUUUUUACGCGUACCCUUGACUACAAGGGAAUCGGUUCGUGCUCUCUUCUAUGUUUAUAUUUGAUACCUAGAUGUAUUUGUACAACAUUCAAACAUGUUUUCGUUUCGAUGAGUAGGGUUGCCGGUAGAAGUUAAACUUUGCUCCACGACUCGGACUAUGAUGCGAGUUGCAAAAGAGCUGCCUAUAAUGCAUUUUCCAGCGGCCACCGUUGGGAAAACUAUUUUACUGCAUGUUUUGGGAAAAAUGUUUAACCUUUAUUGAGUUUGCAAAAGUAGACACUAUUUUAAUAAUGUAAAUAAGUGCUUCUAACUGCCUUUUGAAACCGUCUGCUUCCAAAAACUGACAACGAAUGAAUCAUUCUAAGCCAGAAGCGAAAACAUGUUUACAAGGUCUGAUUAUUUCCGUUAAAAAACUGUGUUCUAUUGAUCGUAAACUGCUUUUCUUUUGUACACACCUCGUUCAUCAAUCACCUUACUGUACUUUUUUUUGUAACCAAUACAAACUACUCAAGAAAUACAAAAAACUCCUAUAAACUAAAUUCACUACCAUCACGAAACCACUUAAGGCGGUCUGCUUAGGAAUGAAACAGAUCACGUUAUGAUAAGUACAAAAUUCCUAUUAUUAAUUAAAUACGAUCCAUUGUCGAACUACGUAAUACCAUGCCAUAUGUACCUCUAGUGCAAGUAAUUCGAUGUAAACCAUCGCGUGGUCUAGUGAUUUGAGUAUUAAAUACCUAGAUAAGAGAAACUAAAGAUAGUUGUUAAAGUUUUACAGACAUUUUUUGCAAGAAAAAUAGAUUAAACAAAAUCAUUUUGUUGAAGUUCCAAAGAGUUCGCUGAAUUUGGAUGACUGCCCUGAUAGAAUUGAACUCAAACAAUCAAAAGCGAAACU